CAAGUAUUACGCAGACCCAGCCAGAGCGGCUAUUAACAUCUGCUGCUCACCUCCCCCUGUCCCUCUUUGUGAUAAGACGAGCUUUAUUUAGUUUUAUAUCCGUAAAAUCUUUUUUUUUUCCUUUAUAUUUUGUAUUUUAUUUUGGAGUAAUUUGGUAGUCUGUCAAGGGCGCUGAAUAUCAAUGUAUACCCUCAGGGAAACAGAUAAAGAAUAUUUUUGCUUGCGUUAAAAGACAUAAAGCUAAAUCUUUUUUUCAGAGGUAUUUUUUUAAAAUAUAUAUAUAUAUUACACGGAUUCCAGUACUUUUUUGGGGGAGGCCAGCAUAAAGGAUCUUUCUCAAGGAAUUCCUAACUGCUUCACAGAUUUCAAAGUCCUGAAGGAAACUCGUGGAAAUGGCUUGGGUUAGAUGGAACAUUCUGCUUUCUAUAGGUUUAUUUAUUUCACCGGCGUUCACCUCCACAGACAAGGGCGAGUUGAGGAGAUACACCACCUACGUGCUGCAGCCAGGACAGAGGGGCCCGGACAGAGUGAGCUCGGUUUCGCGGACAGACGGUGUCGGGCAGCGGCGCUCUUAUAACGUGGAAGUGACGGCCAACUUCGGCGGCCAAGUCCGGACGCGCAGAAUGGGAAACCAGGCGAGCCCCAGCGGGCUGCUCCGACAGCAGCCUCAGUUCACGCAGCAGCCCCGGCAUGCAAGCCACAGCGCCAUUCCCGCUGUCCACCAGGGCCACCAAAUCCAAAUAUCGGGUGUGAAUGUCUGUGGAGGGCAGUGCUGUCACGGCUGGAGCAAGGGGCCCGGCUCGCUGAGGUGCACCAAGCCGAACUGCGUGCCACCGUGCCAGAACGGAGGAAUGUGUCUACGGCCUCAGCUCUGCGUCUGCAAACCAGGAACAAAGGGGAAAGCCUGCGAGCAGAAGACCCUGCCUUCAACCCCCACCAUGUCCGGCAACGGCCACAACGCCGUGGUACCGCAGAGACCGAUUCCCCAGCAGGCCUCCCCCCGCGGCCCGGCCCAGGGCCUCCCGGCCAGCUCUGCGGCCCAGAUGACCCUGGCAGUGAAGCAGCAGCCCAUUCCUCAACAAUUCCGACCUCCUCUGACCAUGACGGUGCACCAGAGCUCCACACAGCAGUUUGCCAUCAAACCCAAGUACUACCAGACUCACAAGGUCCAGACUGGAGCCCAGCCGCCCGAGAGGGCGAUCCCCCUGACCAUGGCUCACAGUGCGCUUCACGUGGGGAAUCACACCGGCCGCAUCAAGGUGGUCUUCACCCCCACCAUCUGCAAGAUGACCUGCAGCGGGGGAAAGUGCCACAACAGCUGUGAGAAGGGAAACACCACCACCAUCAUCAGCGAGAACGGCCACGCUGCGGACACCCUCACUGCACCCAACUUCAGAGUCGUUGUCUGCCACCUCCCCUGCAUGAAUGGAGGGCAGUGCAGCGCCCGGGACAAGUGCCAGUGUCCGCCACACUUCACCGGCAAGUUUUGCCAGAUCCCAGUGCAGAACGGGCAUCACAGACACCCCUCCCAGCAGUACCAGACGCACCAGCAGCACCAGCAGGUGUCCCUCAGCCACAGCCAGAGCUCGCAGGUCCACUCCACGCACACGCUUCCCCUGACCUUUGGAGGACAGAGCGGUGUGCAAGUGAAGUUACCUCCCAACGUCGUGAAUAUCCACGUCAAGCACCCCCCUGAAGCCUCUAUCCAGAUCCACCAGGUCUCCCAGCUGGACGCCAGUGGACAGCAGGUCAAAGGCUCGCAGUCUGGCCAGUACACGUACCAUGGGGAGACAGUGCAGAAUGGCGCCCAGCAGGGCCACGGCGUCAUCUACCCCAGCCAGCAGAACAUCAUUCACCAUUACCCAGUCACCUCCAAGAGCCAGCUGGGACGCUGCUUCCAGGAAACCACAGGAGCCCAGUGUGGCAAAGCUCUUCCCGGGCUCUCCAAACAAGAAGAUUGCUGUGGAACUGUGGGCACGUCCUGGGGAUUCAACAAGUGCUAUAAAUGUCCCAAAAAACAAUCCAUUCCUUUGACAGGAUCAAGACAUGCAAUAGACUGCCCCAAAGGAUACAAAAAGAUCAACACCACCUAUUGCCAAGAUAUCAACGAGUGCCAGCUCCAGGGAGUCUGUCCGAACGGAGAAUGCCUGAACACCAUCGGCAGCUACAGGUGUUUCUGUAAGGCGGGCUUCAGGCCAGACCCCACGCUCAGCACUUGUAUUCCCGAUACUCCUAUGGUCCAUGAGGAGAAAGGCCCUUGUUUCCGAUUUGUCAGUGCUGGAAAGCAGUGCAUGCACCCAGUGUCUGUGCAGCUCAGCAAGCAGCUCUGCUGUUGCAGCGUUGGCAAGGCCUGGGGGCCUCACUGUGACAAAUGUCCCAUUCCCGGAACAGCGGCCUUCAAGGAGAUCUGCCCUGGUGGGAUGGGUUACACAGUCACAGGCACCUACAGAAAUCCCAGCCACAGACACCAGCCUGACUCCGGCACCAAGACCGCCGUGGGCCAGACGAUCCCCCUGCCCCCCCCUGCCCCUCUGCCCACGCAGCCCAGGCCAGUGGAGGCCUUGAGCUCCACAGAGAGGCUCCGCUCGGAGCCUGCAGCAGGAGAAGUAGUCACAGCAGCACCUGAACAGGAGCUUGUUACUCUUGGUUUCGAUAAUAGAUCAGUUGUAGAACCUGGCCAACCCCAGUUGUCUCCUGGCAUUUCAACCAUCAGUCUGGAUCCCAGCUUUCCAGUGCUGGUCGAGAAGACCUCGCCCCCGCCACCCGUGGAAGUAGCCCGAGAGGCGUCCACUGCCAGCGCCAGUCAGGGCCUCGGGGAGUCGCAGGUGUCAGAAGUGGACGAGUGCUCAGUGAACCCUAUGAUCUGCGGACCUGGGUUCUGUACCAACCAGCCCGAGGGCUACUCCUGCGUGUGUGAUGAUGGCUUUCAGCUGAAUGAAGAGAAUACGACCUGUGUAGAUGUUAACGAAUGCGUGGAGGGCUUGUACGUCUGUUACAAUGGCCGCUGUGAGAACACGGAAGGGAGCUACAUGUGUGUGUGCCAACUGGGAUUCCUCCUGAACGAAGAAGGGACAGAGUGCACUGAUAUAGACGAAUGUUUGAUUCCCAAUGUGUGCCAGGAUGGUUACUGCAUCAACACGGAGGGUUCGUUCACAUGUCGACACUGCGAGAGGGGCUACAAGAUGAACAGAAGAGGGGAAUGUGGAGACAUCAAUGAAUGCCUGGAUGCGAGGAUCUGUCCCGCGGGGCGCUGUCUCAACACUCCCGGGUCUUACGAGUGCGUCCCGUGUCCUGACGGUCACGAGGGCCGGGGCGAGCAGUGUGUGGACAUCAAUGAGUGUCUGAACAAGUCACUGUGUGUCAAUGGCAAGUGUUCCAACCUUGAAGGAUCCUACAUUUGCAGAUGCAAUAAAGGAUAUGAGUUGAGUCGAAAUGGCAAAUUUUGCACAGAUGUUGAUGAAUGUCAGGAUGAGGAAGUCUGUGCCAGGGGGCAUUGUAGGAAUACAGAGGGAACGUUCAUCUGCACCUGUGGCUCUGGGUUCAGGAUUUCACCUGCUGGUGACCAGUGUGAAGAUGUGGAUGAGUGCCAGGAGUUCAGGGAGGCCUGUGGAGAAGUUGGCCAGUGCAUUAAUAGCAUGGGAUCAUACCAGUGCACAUGCCCAGAUGGCUUCCAAGUGGUCAACAGCACUAGGUGUCAAGAUGUCGACGAGUGCCUGGACGACUCCGAGCUGUGUGGCCCCUAUGGGGAGUGCUUCAACACUCAGGGAUCCUUCCACUGCAUCUGUGAGCGGGGGUUUGCUGCAGCUGAGGAUUCACACUCCUGUGAAGAUGUGGAUGAAUGUUCAGAUGGUACCAAAUGCCAUUUUGGUUUCUGUGCCAACACGGAGGGCUCCUAUAGAUGCGAAUGCUCUGCAGGCUAUCGCCUACAUGCUGCCAAUGAGACUUGCCUUGAUAUUGAUGAGUGUGAGGAAGACAGCGGUGUCUGUGGGACGUGGCGCUGUGAGAAUUCCCAGGGCUCGUACAGGUGCCUCGUGGACUGUCCUCCAGGCUACACUGAAGAGCCCAGUGGGAUCUGUGUCGAUGUGGACGAGUGCGCUGCGAACGGCACGCUGUGCGGCAGCCACGGCUUCUGCGAGAACACCGCCGGCUCCUUCCGCUGCCUGUGCGACCGGGGCUUCCAGGAGCCGCAGGAGAGCUACGGCUGUGUGGACGUGAACGAGUGCGAGCUGCUGAGCGGGGUGUGUGGAGAGGCGCUGUGUGAGAACGUGGACGGCUCCUUCCUGUGCGUGUGCCCCCACCAGAACGAGGAGUUCGACCAGAUGACGGGGCAGUGCCUCUCCACGCCUGCAGCCACCGUCCCAGGGGUUGGCAGGAAGGAAUGCUACUACAAUCUGAAGAACGAGAACCUGUGCGAACACGUCCUGAACCCCAGCAUCACCAGGGAGGAGUGCUGCUGCACCAUGGGGGAAGGCUGGGGGGACAACUGCGAGUUCUUCCCCUGCCCUGACGCAGGCACAGAUCAGUUUUCCGAAAUGUGUCCUGCAGGAAGGGGUCUCAUUCCAACUGCAGACUCGCAUUAUGGGGCAGACAAAUUUGAAGAUGUUGAUGAGUGUGCUAUGUUUGCUGAAGAAAUCUGUAAGGAUGGGUUCUGUUUAAACACACAUGGAAGUUUUGAGUGUUACUGUAAACAUGGCUUGUAUUACGAUGUAGUAAAGCAACAAUGUGUGGAUUUUGACGAGUGUGAAGAUGAGUCCAGCUGUAUAGACGGAAUAUGUCUGAACUCAGAAGGGUCCUACACCUGCCUCUGCACGCCCCCCAUGGUCCUGGAUUCCAGUGGGAAACGCUGCAUUGGAGCACCAGAGCCUGGUGAGCACAGGGGCCAGGGCGUGGUGUUCCAGGAUGUGUGCUGGCAGACCAUUGUCGAGGGCAACACCUGCAACAACCCGCUGCCGGGAAGGAAAACCACCUUCGCCGAGUGCUGCUGUCUGUACGGCGAGGCCUGGGGCAUGGAGUGCGCUUUCUGUCCCAUGAAGAACACAGCGGACUACACCACCAUGUGCAACCUGCCCGGGCCUGGCGAGCGCCGUGCAUACGGACAGGACGCCCUGACGCCCUUCCAGCCCGGCUUCCCUGUGCCAGGGCUGGAGUACGACUCGCCGCCCCACGAUUCCCAGUUUCUGCCCAUGUAUGACGACGAAGAACACCAGUACGACGCCUUCGAGGGGCUGAGGGCGGAGGAGUGCGGCGUCCUGAACGGCUGCGAGAACGGCCGCUGCGUGCGGGUCCAGGAAGGCUACACCUGCGACUGCUUCGACGGCUACUCCCUCGACUUGGCCAAGAUGGCCUGCGUCGAUGUCGACGAGUGCUCCGAACUCAACAAUAAAAUGUCGCUCUGCAAGAACGCAAAGUGCACCAACACGCAGGGCUCGUACCGGUGCCUGUGUCUGCCAGGGUUCGUGCACUCGGACAAGCCCAACUACUGCGUGGCCGCGGACGAGCUGGAGUAGUGCCGCGCGCCGACAGGACGGCCCCAGUAAGCACGCUUAUGUAACCGAAGCCCAUAUACUCUGCACUGUAUAAAACAAACAAAUGAAAAAAAAUAUUCUACUUGAGAUGAAGAUAACACUUAACCUACUAUGUGGUGCCUGUAUGGAAAACAGCAUUGUAUAAAUAUGAUGAGUUGUUUUUAGAAGGAGUUUAAGCUUUAUGGGGUAGAACUCCGAUUCUCCCCCGAAGUCAUUAAGAAUCCAAUGGACAAGUGCUGGGAAAAGCUCAGCGACCAGUCAGAAACCUUCCAUGGAUGUUUUAUAAGUGAACAAGUCCUCCAGCCUUUCUUCUGUCCAACAAACUCUUCUCUUCUACUUUGAUAUACUGUAUAGGACAGUUGGCUUCGAAAACACAAUGGUGAAACCUUCUGCAUUAGUAUCAUUCAGUUGUAUUUCAGAACUAUACAGUAUGUACUGUAAAAGAAUGUUGUUAUUGUAAAUUCUUUGAGAGAAGCUUUUUUUAGGCAUUUUUUUGUAUUAUAAAAAUUACACAAAUGUACUUCUCUGUGUCUGGAACAUUGGACAAUGGCAUUUAUUUUUAAUUUGUUUUUGUUGUCCGCCCUGUGGAGCAGGCAGGUUUGUUGCUUUUCUACCCUUUGUUUUUAAAAAAAAAUGAAGUUCUCCAUUUUCUACUCGUUACACAUUUUCUGCACUUAACUGCAAUUUUAAAAGUCUUGCCAGGUUGCAAUGCUGCUAAAGAACAGCCAUUGGAGUAAGUGUUUGUACAUUUAAACUAAAGAGAUGAAAACCAGUUUAUGUAUUGUUAUUUGUACAUGAAAAAGGCUCUUGUAUUAAUAUCCUUUCAUAUUAUGAUGUAUAUUAAACCUCUAUAAAUAAA